UAUGUGAACCUCUGACGAAAUUUUCCUCCGCUCAACUCUUUCUUUUCCCUGCCCCUCACAAUCUUGCUUGUAAUCAGACUUGUUGCUAAACCUUCAAGAAAAACAAAUUACAGCUAAUAAUGGAGAAAUCAAGCUUGAAAAUCGAUUGUAUUGUUCACUUCAGCUUCUUGCUUUGCAUUGUUGCAGUGAUCACCUUGGUAUCUACUUCCUUCAAACUUGGCAUGGCGGCCAUGGGGAACGAAACUGACAGACUAGCUUUGCUUGCUUUCAAGGAUCAGCUUGUUGGUGGUCUACUUUCAUGGAAUGCUUCGCUCCAUUUUUGCGAGUGGCAAGGCGUUCGAUGUGGUAGGCGGCAUCAAAGGGUCAUCAGCUUGAGCCUGCCUGCUAUGAACCUUGGCGGCUCCAUAUCUCCAUCCGUCGGUAAUUUGAGCUUCCUAAGGGAGGCUAAUCUAUUCAAUAACAGUUUGAAAGGCAACAUCCCGAGUGAAUUCGGACAACUGAGACGGCUUCGUUCUCUAAAUUUAAAUCGCAAUAAUCUCUAUGGCAACAUCCCUAUGGAACUUGGCAAUUGCUCAAGCUUUGUAUUUCUUAAUUUAAGUUACAACAGCCUUUCUGGGGAACUUCCUUCUGGAUUGGGGGAUGAUAUGAAGAAUCUGAUAACACUCUCUGUUGCUGGAAAUGAUUUAGUUGGGGGAAUUCCAUCUUCUUUGGGAAACUUGUCAUCAUUGGAGAAUCUCAGACUUGAACAUAACCAUUUUGAAGGAGUUGUACCCGAUUCUUUAGGUAGAUUACCGAACUUGAAAAUAUUUUCCAUCCAGGAAAAUAACCUGUCCGGUAUCAUACCUAGUUCCAUCUACAAUCUUUCCUCUUUGACACAUGUUAGUAUGGGUCGAAAUAACUUAUCUGGUGGUCUUGCACCUCAGCUCGGUUUCGCUUUUCCGAACCUUGUAACACUGUAUCUUACAGAAAACCAAUUCAAUGGAAGAAUUCCGAGAUCAGUCUCUAAUGUCUCUGGUCUAAACCAGCUUGACAUCAGCUCAAAUGGCUUCAGUGGAUUAGUUCCUGAUGAUCUUGGAAAGCUUCGAAAUCUUCUGCUGUUCGAUGUUCACGAUAACGACCUUGGACUCGGGACAGAAGGAGACUUGGAUUUUCUUUCUUCUCUAAGAAAUUGCAGUCGAUUGCAGUAUUUGUACAUCCAUGCGAAUAGAUUAGGAGGGAUGUUGCCAGACACCGCGGCAAAUUUAUCAGCGCAGCUUGAAGAUCUUUAUAUGGGAGGGAAUCCGAUUUCUGGAAGCAUUCCUCAAGGAAUUGGUAAUCUUUACGGGCUUACGAAUGUUUAUUUUGGGGAAAGCUUGCUUACAGGGAAACUUCCUGUUUCCAUUGGACAGCUCCAGAAUCUUGGCCAGUUAGACAUCUCUUUGAAUCAUUUAUCUGGUGAAAUUCCAUCCUCCAUUGGCAAUCUUUCUCGAUUGUUGUACCUUUACUUAAACGGUAACGAUUUUCGGGGAACGAUUCCAUCGACUCUCAGGGGAUGCAAAGAUAUGGAGGAGAUGGAUCUUUCGCUAAAUAAACUCGGUGGUACGAUACCGGAUCAGCUGGUUGCUGCUUUUCAAAGUUUGAUUACUCUGAAUUUGUCUCACAACUCUUUCAAUGGUACCUUUCCAUCAGAUAUUAGGAAUUCAAAGAAUCUCGUAGAGUUAUAUGUUGAUAACAACAAUUUCUCAGGAGAAAUUUCAGAGCAGUUUGGUGAGAUUUCAGAACUAAAAAUCUUGCACAUGCAGGGAAACUACUUUCAAGGUAGUAUUCCUCGAUCUCUCGGCUCUUUACGAGGUCUCGAAAUCUUAGAUCUCUCUGGUAAUAACUUGUCUGGACCGAUACCACUUGAACUUCAAAAGCUUCCAUUUUUGGUGAGUUUAAACCUUUCUUUCAAUCAAUUGGAGGGUGAAGUUCCAGAAGAAGGGGUUUUCAAGAAUAUCAGUGGAUUCGCUAUUAUUGGGAAUAAGGAUCUUUGUGGGGGAAUCCCUGAAAUAGAGCUUCCGAAAUGCUUCGGUAAGAAGGCAACUGAAAAACGAAAUGGUUUCUCGAAGAAAUCGAUUGUCGUUAUCAUCAUUAGCCUUUCGCUUGCCUUGAUUUCGGUUGCAUUCAUUGUCAUCCUUUGCUGGCGAAAACAAUCGCAAAAAGAAAUGAUUCCUCUGUCUUUGCGGCAGCAAGUUAGCCUCUUUCAAGUUUCGUACAAGGAACUUGUUGAAGCCACUAACGGGUUCUCAGCCUUGAACUUCCUUGGUAAGGGAAGUUUUGGGUCUGUCUAUAAAGGGUUUCUUAAUCAACAAGAAAACCCUGUCGCGGUCAAAGUACUGAACCUUGAAAACCUCGGGGCUGUCAAGAGUUUCAUAGCUGAAUGCGAGGUUUUAAGAAAUAUUCGACAUCGGAAUCUAGUCAAGCUGAUAACUUGUUGUUCAAGCAUAAACUUCCAAGGCAAUGAUUUCAAGGCUAUAGUUUUGGAAUUCAUGGCAAAUGGAAGUUUAGAGAGUUGGCUUCAUCAUGAUCACGGUGAAGGUCACUCACGUCAACUCGACUUUGCUGAAAUGUUAAACAUUGCAAUAGAUAUGGCAAAUGCAAUAGAUUACCUUCAUCGCCAUUGCCGAACACCGAUUGUUCAUCGGGAUCUAAAGCCAUCCAAUGUCCUUCUUGAUGAUGACAUGGUUGCACAUGUCAGUGACUUCGGCAUGGCUAAGCUCCUUUUUUGUACUGCAGGUGAUCUGGACAACGAGCAAACAACUUCCUUGGUCAUCAAAGGAACGAUCGGGUAUCUCGCCCCAGAAUGCGGCAUGGGUGAUCCGACAUCCCCCGAAGGGGACAUUUACAGCUAUGGAAUUAUCAUCUUGGAGAUGAUCACCGGAAAAAGGCCGACGGAUGAUAUGUUCAAGGAUGGGAUAAGUCUUCAUAGUUUAUGUAAGAUGGCAUUGCCGGAACAAGUGGAGGAGAUCUUAGAUUCUCGAUUGCUUGGAGAAAUCAAUGAGCGAGGAGAUCAGAACAUGUUGGACUGUUUGGUUUGGUUCACCAAUGUGGGAGUUGCAUGCUCUGUCGAAGUUCCUGACAAGAGAAUGAAGAUUGAGGAUGUUGUCGCUGAAUUGGUUGCAAUCAAGGCAAGGCUGCAUGGAAUCCAUGUUUAAUUUAGAGUUGUCCGAGUGAAAUAAACCAGCAAUAUGUCUGUGUUUGUAAAACUCGAUUAUUUAGACUAAUCUUACGUUUGGUGCAAUAUCGUUUUACCAUAAUUAACAUCCAUAAUUACAGAUUCACUACCAA